AUGCUCUCGAGGACCAAACUCAUUACAGGCGCUACGCUCAAUUUAAGUAGAUCACUCUACUAUCCGGUACUAUCGCAAAAGUUUUUCUCAACGGUUCAGCCUCGACUUCAGACACCAACAAAAGAGCCUUCCACGAAAAGACCCCUAAGUAGAAUUCCUAUAGGAAGCAAAGAACCUCCUAGUAAAGUGAACAAAGCUGGCUCUAUUGAGUUUGAUACAUGGAAAGGUUUACUUCUGUCAUUCGCUAUCGGAGGUGUCUUGGUAUACUACUUUAGAAAAGAGAAGAAGAGAUUAGAAACAGAAAAGGAAGCAGAAGCUAACAGAGGAUAUGGUAAGCCUGCUGUCGGUGGACCAUUUGAAUUAGUGGACUUCAAUGGAAAUGAAUUUACUGAGAAGAAUCUUCUAGGUGGGUUUUCCAUUAUUUAUUUUGGUUUUAGUCGUUGUCCUGAUAUCUGCCCUGAUGAAUUAGACAAGUUAUCUCUAUGGCUAGAUGGUUUAAAGCAAAAGGGAAUUGAACUAAAGCCAAUAUUUAUUACUUGCGAUCCCGCUAGAGACUCACCUGAGAUUUUGAAACAAUAUUUGAGCGAAUUUCACCCUGAUAUUAUCGGGUUGACCGGUACUUACGAGCAAGUAAAGAACGCAUGCAAACAAUAUAGAGUUUACUUUUCAACCCCACCAAAUAUUAAGCCUGGUCAGGACUACUUGGUGGACCAUUCUAUAUUCUUCUAUUUGAUGGACCCAGAAGGUAAAUUUAUUGAUGUCCUAGGAAGACAGUAUGAUGAGAAAACAGGUAUUGCUAGGAUUGAAGAACAUGUUAAAGCGUUUGUUCCCCAAGCUGAGCGUGUUAAAAGAAAAGAGAAAUGGUAUUCUUUCCUAUUUAACUAA